AUGAAGUAUCCUCUGGUUCCUUUGGUGAACGAUCUGACCUUUUCUCUUCUUUUUUUCUGGCUUUGUUUGCCAUUUGUAAUGCUGUUGAUCAUAAUGAUUAUCUGGCUACAGCUUCUACUUAAUGAAGUACAGGUGCCCAGUGCAGAAGAAAUAAAGAAACAAUUUUCUGAUGAGCCUGAUUCUGACUCUAAAUUUGAGGAUGAGUCAACAGAGGAAGAAAAUCAGAAUGAUAUAUCUAGUACAGAAUCACAAGAGGAGACCCAAUCCAGUGGAUCUCUAGGAAAGCUGAGGCCCAAACCUGCUUAUUUGAGUUCAAACCCAAAAAGUCAAACCCGAAGUCUUCUUGCUGCAAUUUCAGACAACUGGUCUGAGAGCCAGAAGAUAAGACCUUCCCAUGCUGAGAAGGGUGAUCUCUGUAACAUCAUGAUG